AUGAAGAACGACGUUGAUAGUGCAACUACUUCUGUGAAGCCAGAUGAAAACUCUAUAUCUUCUAUGCUGUCACCAGUGGAUAAAUAUGGUCAAGAGAAGAAAUCAUUUGGUGAGCAAUUCAAAGACGUGAUAACGUUGAAGAAAAUGUUCGAAAAAAUCGAAGAAAGACCAACCCCUGCAGGUGUCUACAACUGGAGAAUCUACGGUACUGCCUUGAUGGCAUCGGCUGCUGCAAUUAUUAUUGGUUAUGAUGGUGGUUUUAUUGGAGGUACUGUUGCUUUGCCUUCGUUCCAAAAGGCCUUCGGACUUGACCAGAUGACCACCGCUCAUGCAAAUUUCAUAAUUUCAAAUAUCGUGUCGGUCUUCCACGCCGGAUGUUUCUUUGGUUCUUUGAUUUCAUAUCCAUUUUCAUAUUAUUUUGGAAGAAGAAUCUCUUUACUUAUUGCUGCAUUCACUAUUACUCUUGGUUCCGGUAUUAUGUUGAUAUCUGCAAACACUCACACCUUGGGCCCAAUUUACGCCGGAAGAGUGUUAGCCGGCUUAGCUGUGGGAUUUUCUACAAAUUUAACUACUGUGUAUCUUAGUGAGAUUGCCCCACCUGCUAUUAGAGGUCAAGUUGUUGCUAUCUAUGAAAUUGGGUGGAGAAUUGGUGAUUUGACUGGGUUCUGGAUUAAUUAUGGUAUUGAUUCUCAUAUUCCUGAAUCUAACAAGCAAUGGAUUAUUCCAUUUGCUGUUCAAUUAAUCCCAUCAGCAUUAUUUUUCUUUGGAAGUUUAUUCAUGAAAGAAUCCCCAAGAUGGUUAUUACAAACAGGUAAAUAUGACAAGGCUAUUGACAACUUGAAGUGGUUUAGAAACUUACCAGAAGAUCACGAAUAUUUGGUCUAUGAAGUCAACCAAGUUAAGGAAUCUGUUGAUACACAAAGAAGGAAAGUAGGCUUAGGUUUAUGGGAUCCAGCAAAGCAGGUAUUCAUCCACGAUAGAAAGAUUCUUUUCAGAUUAUCUAUUACUUGUGGUUUAAUGCUUUUACAGAAUUUUAUGGGUAUUCAAUCCAUUAACUACUACUCUCCAAUUAUUUUCAAGAGUUUAGGUGUCAAGGGUACUAAUGCUUCAUUAUUCUCUACAGGUAUGUUUGGAGUGGUUAAAUUCGUUGCCAGUACUGCUUAUAUUUUGUUUGUGGUUGAUACUUUUGGAAGAAGAGGAGCAUUUUUGACCACAUCUACAAUCUGUUCCCUUUGUUUCUGGUACAUCGGUGCUUACUUGAAAUUAAAUGAUCCAACAAAAGCAGGUGUCGAGGCUGGUCCUGGAGGAACUGCUGCAAUUGUGUUCAUGUACAUUUGGAUUGCCUCAUUCAUUUUAGCCUGGUCUGCUGGUCCAUGGGUUAUUGGUAGUGAAGUUUUCGAUCAAAAUAUCAGAUCAUUUGUCCAAGCUAUCAAUUCUGCAUUUUCUUGGUUACCAAUUUUCAUAAUGUCAAGAUUUACUACCAAGAUGAUUGCUGCUAUGCAUUAUGGAAUUUAUUUCUUCUUUGCCUGUAUCGCUGCUAUUUCAAUUCCAUUUGUAUUUUUCCUCGUACCUGAAACUAAGGGAAUUGCCUUGGAAGAUAUGGAUCAACUUUUCGAUACUUCUGUGCCCGCCUACAGAGCCCACAAGAAAGUCCUCACAGAGGCCAGAAUACAUAGCGAGAAACAAAUUCACGAGGCGCAUGGGUUAUUUAAGAUGGAUACAAACAAAAGUAAUGAAAUUCAAAACAUCGAAGAUGUUAAUUUAAUGAAUAAGGUUUAA